AGCUCAUUUCCCCUGCUGUCUGUGUGAGAAGAAAAAUAUAGCAUCGUCUACGCCAUAUGUAAAACUUCCUUCCUGUCACAGCUUGCUCAAUCAUUUGAUGGUACUUGAGUGCAUUUGUAUAUGUUGAUUGGAGCCGGAGUUUCUCUUCAACAUGGAAUCAUACCCGCCACGACCUCUUGCAGUGGGGGAAAAGCGCGCCUGGAAUUCGUAUCCACCGCUUUUGCAACCGCCUGUCUCGCGCAUGGUUCGCGCAAUAUACGGGCAAACCGUCCAAAGCUAUACUGUCAUUCGGAAAACUGGCCGGAAAGCGGAUGGUCCAUUGAUUAACUUUGGUCGCUGGUUACUUGAUAAUCAGACCGGUGUCUUUCUCAGCCUCAGCGCUCUUUUCGUCCUGGUGCACACUUCCACACCUGAAGCACAGUCCUAUACCUUCAAAUUCCUCACCAUAUCACACUACAACCCACAGACGGGCAAAUAUGCCCUCGGCGCCGACGAUGUCUAUUUUAUCCUUUUUUGCACCAUUCUUCUCACCGGUCUGCGUGCUGGCAUCAUGAACCACAUACUCGCUCCCUUGGCCAAAGCCGGCGGUAUAACAAAGAAAAAGGAAAUCGCACGGUUCGCAGAGCAAGGAUUUCUAGUUAUUCACUAUGGCAUUUUCUGGAGCAUUGGCGUGUACAUCUACACUCACUCCCCCUUCUACCUCAACAUGUCCGAACUCUGGACCAACUGGCCGCAGCGUGACCUCUCCGGCCUGACCAAAUUCUACAUUCUGGCCCAGCUGUCAUUCUACCUACAGCAGGUCGUGGCCAUUAACUUCGAGGACCGACGUAAGGACCAUUGGCAGAUGUGCGUCCACCACGUCGUCACUAUUGCCCUACUCUGGGGCGCUUAUGCGUACCAUCAAACCCGAAUAGGCACCCUGAUUCUUAUCUUAAUGGACAAUGGCGAUAUCUUGUUGGGCAUUGCAAAGUGUCUCAAGUACCUUGAUUUCUCGACUGUAUGCGAUUACAUGUUCGGCCUGUUCAUUGUCUCGUGGGCGAUCUGCCGGCAUGGGUUUUACCUAGUGGCGUGUUGGAGUCUGUAUGCUGAGAGUCUGAAGCAUAUCCCCGCUGGAUGUUCCCGUGGACCGGACCAUGAUUUGACGGGGCCGUUCGAGCACGAGACCGAGGGUUGGGGCCAUCUUCUUGCGCCUUUUACCGAUGGUCAGGGCACGGUGUGUUGGAAUGAGAAUAUUACAACGGGCUUUCUGGUUACUCUGCUGUUUCUUCAGGUCGUGCAGAUCGUGUGGUUCGUCCUCAUCCUCAAGGUCGCGAUUAGGGUCAUCAAGGGCACUGGGGCCGAAGACGUCAGGAGCGAUAGCGAGGAGGAAUUUGGAGAGACCGAAGAAAUAAAGUAUGAGCAGCAGUAUGUCGUCGAGAAGGAAGUUGGGGUUGAGCAGAUUGACUUGAAUAGCUGGGAGCGUAGGAAGACGUUCAGGGGAGCCAAGGGCAGCGGCAGCCUCUUGACCGUAGCCAGUGGCGUGUCCUUGCCCGGCCCCAGCGGUUGAAAGGAGUUGCUGAGUCGCAUUGGAUAUGAAAAGCAAAUCGACUGAUUUUCAAGGAUUUCAGUGCGCUCUUUGUAUAAUGUCGAUGUUAAUUCACAGGAGCACGAUACUGAGAUGGCGAAGUGAAGGGCAGGGAACGAAGAUACUAGGGACGGCGCUUUAAUUAAUACGGAAGUUUAGAUAGGGAAGUUUAGAUAGGGAAGUUCUGGAAGGGCUUAUCAAGACGGUUAGAAAUCCCUCCCGUGGACAGGCCAGCAUAGAAAAUGAAGCUCACAAUACAUUCAAU